ACAAAACCCCCCCAGAGAGAAGAGGAGGGAAGUAGCGAUAGAAACAAUGUGGCAGCUCAACAAGGAAAUCGCCAAAAUCUGAGACGGACAGCAGAGCAAAAGCCCAAGCAGUAGCUCGCAGUUAGCUCUUCAAUUCCUCAAAUUCUCCGCACAUUCUCAUUUGCUUUCUCUGCUUACUCUUUAUUAAAUCCAUCUCUGUCCCUUUCUCUCCCCUGAAAUCACCCAUCUGUGGUUCGUUUCUGUCCAAAAGUAAGGGACCAGAAGUCGCAAAUGACUUCGCUUUUCCGGGGAUUAGGAGCUACAACGGCUUUAACGUCGUCUAAUUCCUUCGAUCCCAAGAAUUUGCAGCUCCCUUCUCGCAGACCCUUUUCAGAGAGGAGCUUCUUCGUGGUCAGAUCUGAUGGGAGCGUGAACCUCAACCUAGCUUCUAAUUCAAGAGCUCGCAGGGCCGAACAGUUGAUUACUAAUGCUGUUGCGACAAAGGCUGAUGGUUCUGCAGCUUCCACAGCAUCUAAACCAGGACAUGAACUUCUACUCUUUGAGGCCCUAAGAGAAGGCCUGGAAGAAGAAAUGGACAGAGAUCCCACUGUUUGUGUUAUGGGUGAAGAUGUGGGUCAUUAUGGAGGUUCUUACAAGGUGACAAAAGGCCUGGCAAAAAAGUAUGGGGAUCUUAGAGUUCUUGACACCCCUAUUGCCGAGAACUCCUUCACUGGCAUGGGUAUCGGUGCUGCCAUGACUGGCUUGAGACCAGUUGUUGAGGGUAUGAACAUGGGGUUUCUCCUUCUAGCUUUCAACCAAAUUUCAAAUAAUUGUGGCAUGCUUCACUACACGUCAGGUGGACAGUUCAAAAUACCUAUAGUUAUUCGUGGACCUGGUGGAGUUGGGCGGCAGCUUGGUGCUGAGCACUCACAGCGCCUUGAAUCAUAUUUUCAAUCAAUCCCUGGAAUUCAAAUGGUUGCAUGCUCAACCCCUUAUAAUGCCAAGGGCUUGAUGAAAGCUGCAAUCAGAAGUGAGAACCCAGUUAUUCUCUUUGAGCAUGUUUUGCUUUAUAACCUGAAGGAGAGAAUCCCUGAUGAAGAAUAUAUUUGUAAUCUUGAGGAAGCUGAGAUGGUUAGGCCUGGAGAGCAUGUCACUAUUUUAACCUACUCACGGAUGAGAUACCAUGUGAUGCAGGCUGCCAAAACUUUAGUGAACAAGGGAUAUGAUCCUGAAGUGAUUGACAUCAGAUCACUGAAACCGUUUGAUCUCUGCACAAUUGGGAAUUCUGUGAAGAAGACUCAUCGUGUCCUGAUUGUGGAGGAAUGCAUGAGGACUGGUGGAAUUGGUGCUAGCUUGACUGCAGCCAUCACUGAAAAUUUUCAUGACUAUUUGGAUGCUCCAAUUGUAUGCUUGUCUUCACAGGAUGUACCGACCCCCUAUGCUGGGACAUUGGAAGAGUGGACCGUGGUUCAACCUGCCCAGAUUGUGACAGCGGUGGAGCAGCUGUGCCAGUAGUGAAGAGAAGAAUUCAUCACCACUGUUCUUAUGUUCUUCUUCAACUUGAUACUUUUCUUUUCAGCUUUGUUUGAGGUCAGAGAUUUAUUUUAUUUUAUUUUUGUUUGGCAAUUGUGUUAUUGAAACUUGCAGUUGUGCAUCAAGUGGAGGCUUCUAAAUUGUUUUUCUUCACAGUAAACUACGUUUUUGAAAUGAUUUGUGGGUAGAUAUGUGGAAUUCUCAUCUCAUCUCUAACAUUUUAGAUUUGGUUAUCAAGAUAAAUUAUGUAACCGUAGCCUAAAUUGGCACUGGAUAUUUCAAAUGUCAAAUUGAUCUGGGUUACUUGUGCUAAAUAACUGGAAAAGGCAUUUCAGCCAUUUACACUUUAGCUUUAUUUGAGGUCAUUACUAUAAUUUUGUUGUUGAA